AUGCGAACUCGAUCGAGUCGGUCAACUGAAGACUUGGUCGAGCUAGACUUACAACGGGUAGAAAGAGGGUUCAGAGGUCACAGAGGGUACAAGAGGAACCUGAGGUGCUUGUUGCUGAUACAAUGGAUGUACCAGAGGGGAAUGGAAACCCUUUGGGAUGGACUCGGUCGAGCUAGGCAAACUCGACCGAUUGGUCAAGGAGAUGCUCCAAACCGCCACCAACAGAGACAAGGGAUUGUUCCACCACCAGUGCAGAACCACAACUUUGAGAUCAAGCUGGGAAUGAUCAACCUUGUCCAGAACAAGAUGUUCCAUGGAUUGCCAAGUGAAGACCCCAUUGACCACCUUGAUGAGUUUGAUAGGCUUUGUGAUUUGACAAAGAUCAAUGGUGUCUCUGAAGAUGCCAUCAAGCUGAGACUCUUUCCUAUGUCUCUAGCUGACAAAGCUCACCAAUGGGAGAAGAGCUUGCCCCAUGGCACAAUCACCACUUGGGAUGAAUGCAAGAAGGCCUUUCUUGCUAAGUUUUUCUCCACCGGUCGCACAGCCAAGCUUAGAGGAGAGAUAUCCAGCUUCAUCCAGCGAAACAAUGAGACAUUCGCAGAGGCUUGGGAGAGGUUCAAAGGCUACACAAGUCAGUGCCCACACCAUGGAUUCAACAAUGAAUCACUACUCUCCACUCUUUAUAGAGGAUGCUUGCCUAGGUAUAGGGAGAUGCUAGACACAGCUAGCAAUGGGAACUUCCUCAACCAGGAUGUAGAUGAUGGCUGGCAACUUGUGGAGAACAUAGCUAACUCAAAUGGAAGCUAUGGAGAAGAGUAUGAUCGCACCAACCGGAGCUCGACCCACCACUCGAUCGAGUCAGACGAAAAGUUGAGAAAAGAUGUUAAGGCAUUGAAUGAGAAGUUGGAUAAGCUGAUCCUAGCUCAGUCCACAAUGAAGAAAGUCAACUUUGUGUCUGCUGAGGAGAUGGAACCAGUCCAAGAAGGGGAGGAUACACAAUUUGCUGAGGUAUGCUACAUGAGCAAUGGGCAAGGAGGUUACAACAAAGGAUACUAUAACUACAAGUCCAACCCUGCCAUGUCAUACCGCAACACUGAUGUUGCUAACCCUCAGGACCAAGUCUAUCCUCAACAACAAGCAGCUCGAUCGAGUCAAGGCCACAACAUGGGCUUCCCCCACCAACCGCCCCAGCCUGCACCUUCACAAGAGAAUGAGCUCAAGGCAAUGCUAAAGCAACUACUUCAAGGGCAAGCUGAUGGGGUAGUGGACACAAGCAAGAAGCUAGCUGAAAUAAACUCUAAGAUCGAGAACCUCAACACAAGGGUUUACUCUCUGGAGAAUCAUGCUUCUUCUGUUGCUGCUGCUACAAAGCAAGGACAACUACCUGGUAAAGCUAUUCAGAACCCCAAGGAACAGUGCAAGGUCAUCUUCACUCAAGAAGGACUUGUUGAAGAAGAGGAUCAAGAAAGGGUCAUUGAAGAUUUUUGUUUACUGCUGAAUGAUGAAGAGAUUGUUGCUGCUGAGGCUCCUGGAGUCCAGAUUGAUCAACCAGAAGUGCAUGCACCUACUGUGGCCAUUCACACUUCACCAGUUGAGCUCGCACGACAAGCUCGAUCGGCAGCUCGAUCGAGUCCAACUCUAGCUCGAUCGAGUCCGACCUCUUCUGUCCGACAGCCUGUUUUGCUUGAUCCUUAUCAACCGGUUGCCGCUUCCUCGUCUCGCCUACUUAGUCAAGGUCACAAGGAAGUGAUUCACAAGUUCAGAAGAGAUCUCAGUGGGAUUGGAAUUGAGUUGCCUCUAUGGAUAGCAUGA